GACAACAAACAAGCGCCUCACUUUAUUACUCUUCAAGUCCAGUUUUUCAGUCUAUCAGCACGUAAUGAAUCGAUACACUCUUGUGAGGACUGCGCUAGCAUCCAGCCGACGCCCAGCCGUAUCGGCUAUUCGGAGCCCCGCUGCUGCAGUGCCAUCUGGCGCUCGUCAGCUCUCAGCCGUCCGCAAUGCCCGUGCUGCAACGCCGUGUGGUCUGGCUACUGCCAAGAUACAGCCGUCUGUAUUCAACUCAAGGCACUUUACAACAAGCCGGUCAGCCUCGCAGACCGUGUACAAGCAGGAGGAGAUCCGGCAGUACUCGCUGACCCACCCCGAGGAGUUCUGGAUGGAAGCAGCCAAGGAAAUCGACUGGAUUGAGCAGCCGACAAGGGCGAUGGUGACUCCAGACCCAGCCAAGCCGCACAAGGUGUCGUGGUUCCCCGAUGGCAAACUCAACGUGUGCUACAAUGCGCUGGACCGCCACGUGCAGUCCGGCCGCGCUGACCAGACUGCGCUCAUCUACGACUCGCCGGUCACCGGCUCGGUGCGCAAGUACACGUACGGGCAGCUGCUGGAGCGCGUCAAGCAGGCGGCAACCAUGCUUCGGCGCAGCGGAGUCAGCAAGGGCGAUCGUGUGUUGAUUUACAUGGGCGCGGUGCCUGAGGCAAUCGUCGCCAUGCUGGCAUGCGCCCGCCUGGGCGCCAUUCAUUCAGUGGUGUUCGGUGGGUUUGCGUCAAACGAGCUGGCCAAGCGCAUCGAGGACUGCCAGCCAAAGGUCAUUCUGGCCAGCUCCUGUGGCGUCGAGAACAAGGACAAGAUUGUGCCGUACAAGCCACUGCUGGAUGGCGCUUUGGAGGUCUGCAGGUCGAGGCCGGCAAAGGUUGUUGUGCUGCAGCGCCCACAGCUGGUGGUGCCUCUCAACGAGGGUGAGGUGUCGUGGGCAGAGGCGGUCGACGCAAUUGAAGACAACGAGCUGUACCAUGGAUUCGAGACUGUGAGCUCGGACGAUCCUUUGUAUAUUCUGUACACCAGCGGGACCACCGGCCAGCCCAAGGGUGUAGUGCGUCCCAGCGGCAGCCAUGCUGUUGUUCUGAAGUACACGAUGGAGCGCAUGUAUGCGUGCGCACCUGGCAAGGUAUACUGGUCUGCCAGUGAUCUGGGCUGGAUCCUGGGCCACUCCUAUAUCUGCUACGGCCCGCUGAUCAACGGAAGCACAACCGUUCUAUUCGAAGGCAAGCCUGUCGGCACACCCGAUCCCAGCGCUUUCUACCGCGUACUCGACCAGCACAAGGUCAACACAUUCUUCACAGCGCCUACGGCCAUGAUGAUCCUGCGCCGCGAAGACCCGCACGCAGAAUAUCGCAAAAAAUAUAACCUGUCGCACGUUAAGGCGAUGUUCCUUGCUGGCGAACGGUGCCUGCCAGAGAUCCACCGCUGGUGGGUCAGGCAUGUCACUGGUGUUGACGACACUGGCAAGGUGGUUCACGAAAUCGUGGGUCCUGUAAACAACGUGGCUUCGGACAACUGGUGGCAGACAGAGACGGGUUCUCCCCUGGUCGGAAUUCAGGUCGGCCUGUCCGAGAACGGCAGUGAGAUUCCGCCAAUCAAGUACGGUAGCGCAGGCAUGCCCGUCCAGGGUGUUGACCUGCGCGUGCUCAGAAUCAAGGAUGAGUUCGACGAAGACACCGAAAUCGACCACAGUCCAGAGGAGGCUACGCGCGGAGAGAUUGGUAACAUCGUGCUGAAGCUGCCGCUGCCCCCCGGCAUCAUGAACACGCUAUGGAACGACGAGGAGCGCUUUUUCAGCGCCUACUUCAAGCGAUUCCCCGGAUACUACGACACUGGCGAUACCGGCAUGAUCGACCAGGACGGAUACGUGCACAUUCUGUCGCGUGCCGAUGACAUCAUCAACGUGGCUGCCCACCGCAUCUCCACCAGCUCGCUAGAGGAGGUGAUUGUCGAGCACAAUGAGGUCGCCGAGACAUGCGUGGUUGCGCGCCCGCAUUCGAUCAAGGGAAGCGUGCCGGUAGUCAUUGCCGUGCUCAAGCACCACCGCCUAGACCAUACGCUGGACGAGAUCAAGAACGACCUGGUCAGGGAGAUCCGCCAACGCGUCGGCCCAUUCGCAUCGCUCUACCCGCACAACGUUAUUUUCGUUGAGCGUUUGCCCAAAACCCGUAGUGGCAAGGUCCUGCGCAAGAUGAUCCGGUCGAUGAUCAGCAAGCUCGCUAUGGAUGGCAACUCGCCCGACGUGUGCCCGAUUCCGACGCCGGCCACGAUUGAGGAGGAGGUAGUCAAGGAUGAGCUGUGGAACGCUGUUCGUGGCUGGAUCAAGACCAGUCCGCAGGAGUAAUUUUUAGCGUGCUAUUGGAGAAACGGUACUAAUGAGCAAAAUGCUAUACUUUAGUGGCCACCAG